AUAUUGAUAUACUAGAACACUUUUGCCACUGCAACUUAUUCAUCUAUACACAUAGAUAUAGGUAUAAACAUAACGUUCGCGAUGCUUUGCAACCAAACAGGAUUUCUUCGUAUCUUAAAGACUUCUUCCAGCUGAUUUGCUUUUACCAUCUGUAUUCAUAAGGUAAACUAUUCACUAAAAACAAGCAAAAAGUCUGUGAUCAGAAAAUUUUAGAGCAACGUACAAUGGGAUGGUUCUAUAUUACUACCGUAAAGAAUAAAGUGAUGUGUUCUUUUCGACAACGAGGUGAAAUAAAUAAUACUCUUAAUUGCGAAAAUAUACAUAUUUACGACAAUCCAUCAUAGAUUAUUCCUAAACACUCAGCAACCUUUGGAAAGUAUUUCUAGCAUGAUAACACAUUAAAAAAUAGUUAUAGAUGCGACGUGGAGGUACUUAAAAAUUGUAGGAUGACAUAUACAUUAAUAGUACAAACUAAAUAUUAGUUCUACUAUGAUGCUAGCCAUUUAGAACUAUACGGAAUGACUACAAAAAUAAAAAUUUAGUUCUCUUCUUUUAAAUGGUCAUAACUGGGCUAUUGUCUUCGUUUUCGACAGAGUAUUUACGCCAACCAGUAUAGCUGAAAGCAAUCAGCUAAGUUCUUAGCGAUCUACAAUAUUUCAGUCUUAUUCGAGCAGAACUUCAAACAAAUACUGCGCCAAACGUACAUAUGCAACGCUUUAGUCGCUCAGUUUUUGGCACCCGCCUCACCUAAUUUUUACCAUUGUAUCUUUCCACUUGUAGCUUUUAACCCCCCCAAGCAGGGCUGAUUGCUACUUCUCUUUUUGAUGUUUUUAUGAAAUAAAUCUAAGCUUAAAGAGUAUAAUUUUGAGUUUUUGCAAAAAUUCGAACAAAUAACACUGCUUUUAAGAGCCCACUGGAUUUACACUAAUAAUAUAAUAUAACAUUUCAUAAACCUUUUAAGAAUUGUUUUGAAGGCAACAAAAAUUCGCUAGUAAAAAUUGUGCUUAGAACAUGGUUAUAUGUGAUGAUGUCUUUCAGUUGGAUAGAUCAGCUGUUCAAAGUUCUCUAAAUUGUUAUGGUAUAUUGAGUUUUUGUCUACUUCUCGGCUGGGCCUGUAGCCGAACUGUUUUGGAAUCUUUUCCGAAAAGCUGUUUGUUAUUCGAAUACAGCCUUAAAAUACUAGGGAGUUCUGAUGGGCUCGACCAAACUUCCAGCAAAGUAAUGCUUUAUUUAAUUAUACGUAUAUUAUGCAGCAAAAAAUUUCAAUUAUUGCUAAUAAUUCUCUUGAACUUUCGUGAUAUGGUAAACUACAUGAUUAGUAUACAAGUGGACGAUCUUCCAAUUGAUCAUCUUUUUGGUAAAAGCGUAGUUAGGAAUUGCAGAUAUAUACUAGCAAACUUGGACUAUGACGAAUCGAAUACACAAAAUCUGAUAAGCCAUCUGGUGUCAAGAGUUGGAAGUCACAGAAAAACACAAAUAUUUCGCUCUAAAAUCACUGGUAACAAAAUCAUCGGAAAAAGCUAUCCGAAAAGUUAUAAAAUAAUUCGAGCACUUAAUUUUCCACUAAAUCGUGAAUAUCUACGAAAAGAGUACCUCGCUCAAGUCGUUGGAUCUGAUUUACAUAUCUGUCCACAUGGGAGUAUACAGCAAUUUGUUAAUUUUUUCACCACACAUAGCGAUUACAAUGAAACCACUGUAUGGCUUCUCAUGCUCACCAAUCCCCAACUGCUUUUACAUCCUUAUCUUGAACAUCACGGCUUUCCGGUGCCACAAUUGUUCGGCAUAUGCGGUUUAACCAUAUUUCAGGAGCAUGUCGGCCCGACGCUACAACAUUUCUACAAGGCAAAUUUCGAAAUUAAAUUGCGCAUAGCCAAGCAACUGCUUGAGUCUGCUUUGAAAUUCACAAAUGGCUUUGAGGGUUACCGCAUGUAUAUAACCGAUUUAACGGCAGACAAUUUAAUCUACAAUGAGGAAAGUGACAAACUAUUUUUCAUUGAUUUAAAUACCGCAUUUAUCGUGGAUUCGAAGGACACAAUCCAUAAAGAUGGCAUAGAUCAACAUGAAAAUAUUGAAUGCGAUGAUUGCUUUGCCUUCGUGCCGGAUCGUUUGUGCUCGUAUGGUAUAAGCGAUGUGAAUUUAUUAGAAUCGUGUCUCUUUUUGCGUGAGAACUUGAAGCGUGAUCGCACGAGCGGUUUCUUAAAACCAAUACCAGCGGAUAUCACAGCUAAAUAUCCAAAUUUGGAAAUGUUACUCGACAGCUGUGUUAAUGGAGUGAUAAAAACUGAAACGGGGUCAGUUGAAGAAAUGUCGCGUUUUCUUACAACGCUUAAGUUGAUAGAAUUAUUCUCAGAUAUUUUAAACGAAUUUUAGGUAAUGUUGGAAAUUAAGUAAUAAUUAUAUGUUUCCAUAGUAUUUGUACUUGUAUAUUGUUAAAAUAUAAGUUAACUUUCGGUGAUAUUAAUGUGAAAAUAAAUGUGAAAUUGCAAAUUCUUUUACAAAGCCAAUUUUAUAACAAA